CCGGCCCCGCGCAGGAGCGGCCAUGCCGCCGCGCCGCAGCAUCGUGGAGGUGAAGGUGCUGGACGUGCAGAAGCGGCGGGUGCCCAACAAGCAUUAUGUCUACAUCAUCCGGGUCACGUGGUCCAGCGGCUCCACUGAAGCCAUUUACCGGCGCUACAGCAAGUUCUUUGACCUCCAGAUGCAGAUGCUGGACAAAUUUCCCAUGGAAGGAGGACAGAAGGACCCCAAACAGCGGAUCAUUCCCUUUCUGCCAGGCAAGAUUCUCUUCCGCCGGAGCCACAUCCGGGACGUGGCCGUCAAACGCCUGGUACCCAUCGAUGAAUACUGCAAGGCUCUGAUCCAGCUGCCACCCUAUAUCUCCCAGUGUGACGAGGUGCUGCAGUUCUUUGAGACGCGACCUGAGGACCUGAAUCCCCCGAAAGAGGAGCACAUUGGGAAAAAGAAAUCUGGGGGUGACCUGGCCUCGGUGGACCCCAUGGUCCUGGAGCAGUACGUGGUGGUGGCCAACUAUCAGAAGCAGGAGAGCUCGGAGAUCAGCCUCAGCGUGGGGCAGGUGGUGGACAUCAUUGAGAAGAAUGAGUCAGGUUGGUGGUUCGUCAGCACGGCUGAGGAGCAAGGCUGGGUCCCUGCCACCUGUCUGGAAGGGCAGGACGGUGUGCAGGACGAGUUCUCCCUGCAGUCUGAAGAAGAGGAGAAGUACACUGUCAUCUACCCGUACACAGCUCGCGACCAGGAUGAGAUGAACCUGGACAGGGGGGCCAUGGUGGAGGUCAUCCAGAAGAACCUGGAAGGCUGGUGGAAGAUCAGGUACCAAGGCAAAGAAGGCUGGGCCCCCGCCUCGUACCUGAAGAAGAGCAGCGGGGAGCCCCUAUCCCCGAAGCUGGGCCUCGGCUCGGCCGCCCACCCCGGCGCCCUUGACCUGGACGGUGUUUCCCGGCAGCAGAACGCGGUGGGCAGGGAGAAGGAGCUGCUCAACAACCAGAGGGACGGCCGGUUUGAAGGGCGCCCGGGGCCCGAGGGCGACGCUAAGCAGAGAUCGCCAAAGAUGAGGCAGAGACCGCCCCCUCGCCGGGACAUGACCAUUCCUCGAGGCCUCAACCUGCCCAAGCCACCCAUCCCGCCGCAAGUGGAAGAGGAGUAUUACACCAUCGCCGAGUUCCAGACCACCAUCCCCGACGGCAUCAGCUUCCAGGCCGGCCUGAAGGUCGAGGUGAUCGAGAAGAACCUGAGUGGCUGGUGGUACAUUCAGAUUGACGAUAAGGAGGGCUGGGCCCCAGCAACCUUCAUUGACAAGUACAAGAAGACCAGCAAUGCCUCGAGACCCAACUUCCUGGCUCCCCUCCCCCACGAGGUGGCCCAGCUCCGGCUCGGGGACACAGCCGCGAUGGAGAACAGUCCAGGAGGUGAGGCUGUCGGGCCCUCCCGGCCCCUGCCCGAGGCACCGCAUGGUGCCGUGGACUUGGGGAUGCCAUGGUCCAAAGAUUGGAAGGGUGGGAAGGACGUCCUGCGGAAAGCAUCUUCGGACAUGUCCGUGUCGGCAGGCUACGAGGAAAUCCCGGACCCCAACCUGGAGGAGAAGCCCAGCCUCCCUCCACGCAAGGAGUCCAUCAUCAAGUCGGAAGGGGAGCUGCUGGAGCGGGAGCGGCAGAGGCUGGAGCAGCUCCGGGGCUCGUCGCCCAAGGCCCCGGGCAUGAUCCUGCCCAUGGUGCCGGCCAAGCAUGCGCCCCCGGCCCGGGACGGCAGGAGACUGGAGCCCAGACCUGAAAAAAGCAAGGUGCUCCAGCUGAAGAAUGACAUGGGGCUGGAGUGCGGCCAUAAGGUGCUGGCCAAGGAGGUCAAGAAGCCCAACCUCCGGCCCGUGCCCAAGUCCAAGGCCGAAGUACCCGACGAGAAGCCGGAAGCUGCACCCCAGAACCCUUUCUUGAAGUCCAGACCUCAGGUUAGGCCCAAACCAUCUCCCUCCCCCAGGACAGAGCCACCUCAGGGUGAAGACCAAGUGGACAUUUGCAACCUCAGGAGCAAGCUCAGGCCUGCCAAGGCCCCAGAAAAAGCCUCAUUGGAUGGCGAGGCCCACCCAGCUCCUGGGGGCCAGGAUGCAGCCUUUAGCCGAAACUUCCUCUCUGGGGAAGCACCUGGCCGUGCCCAGGACAGGCUGGGCAGACAAGAUGGGCUCAGCCCAAAGGAAGCAGCCUGCCGGGCUCCUCCGAGACCAGCCAAGAACACAGAGCCCACGCCCAAGACCGUGCCCGUCCCUCUCCAGGAAGCUCAGAGGCCGGCGGUCCCACCCCGCAGACCACCUCCACCCAAGAAAACAUCCGGGUCCCCCUCAUCCAGGCCCCUCCCAGAGGUCCGAAGCCCGCAGCGCGAAGCCCAUGAUAGCAAGGCAGCUCCUGCCCCAGGCCGUCCCCUGCUAGUUCCUCCGAAAGCCAAACCAUUUCUCUCCAACUCCCCGGGGGGCCAAGAGGAUGUGCGAGGCCCGUGGGGUGCUGGCAGGGUGGGGGACCACAGAGAGAAGGCCAUUGUCGCUUCCUUCCCCAACAAUGAUGGCCCCAAGGAUUCUUUGUAUGUGGCUGUGGCCAACUUUGAAGGAGACGCAGACACCAGCAGCUUCCAGGAAGGGACGGUGUUCGAAGUCCGGGAGAAGAACAGCAGCGGCUGGUGGUUCUGCCAGGUCCUGAGCGGGGCGCCUUCCUGGGAAGGCUGGAUCCCUUCCAGCUAUCUCCGCAAGAAGCUGUAGGCUGUCCCCUCGGCCUCCAUGGCCGCAGUCCCUGCUGGUCACCCACGUAUUUAAUAUGCCUCUUAAUUUAUCAUUCUCCAUGCAGCUUCCAGGGAAGGAAGACCCGGAGUCCUGUGGUUUCGUCCCUCCCCUGGGUGCUGAGCGAGUUGCUGAGACGUCAGGAGCUGGGG